AUUUCAGAUAGAAUGGCAGAGAAUAGAAAGAAAGAACUUUUGAUUGAGGACGAAUUUUGUCCUUCCUACAGUUUAGAGGAAACACAUCUUGGGGAUAUGCAAGAAGAUGUUGAGAUAAAAAAUACACCAAUUAAAGGCGGGAUUUUUAAAAAUAGAACACUUAAAAGACAACUAAAAGAAUUUGAGAGGACCAAAGAAACUGAAGCUGUCUCCAUCAAGAAAGGAACUCCUCCAUAUUCUUCUUUACAAGAUACUUGUACAGUUUAUGUACUGGGAGAGGAUAUUAAGAUGGAAGAAGAAAAGUUGGAUCUCGGAUUUGAUCCUUUGCAAUCAGAAUCAAGGAGAAUCAGCUGCAGUAAAAUGGACUAUGACGUACUUGAAGAAGUUUAUCAGUCGCAACCCGUUAAAAUUAAUGGAGUGAUAAGGUUUCCUUGCUCUCGUUGUGAAUAUGCAGCAACGUUAGCAGGGAAUUUAAGAAAACAUUUUGAGAGUAUACAUAUUGGAGUUAGAUACCCCUGUUCUAAAUGUGAGUUUGUUGGCACUCAAGCUAGCAAUUUAAAGGUUCAUGUUGAAAAUAUACAUGAUGGAAUAAGACAUCCCUGUUCUUAUUGUGAGUAUGCUGCAACUAGCUUGAGUAAUCUGAAGACUCAUAUGAAAUAUAAACAUGAAAGAGAAAAAGUAAAAUAUCCGUGCACUCAGUGUGAAUUAUCUGCCUCUUCACGAGGUGCCCUGAAGAUACACGUUAAAAGUAAACACGAAGGAGUCAGAUUUCCUUGUUCUCAGUGCGAGUUUAGUGGAACUACAUCAACUGAUCUUAAAAGGCACGUUAAGAAUAAACAUGAAGGACUAGGUGUGAAAUAUCCAUGCACCAAAUGUAAUUUUGCUGCAAAUUUUAAACGCGAUCUUAGAAGACAUGUUGAAACUAAGCAUGAAGGGGUUAGAUAUCUUUGUUCUGAUUGUGGGUUUGUUGCAACUACAACAAGUUAUCUGAAAAUCCAUGUGGAUGGUAAACAUAAGGGAGUGAAAUAUCCUUGUUCCGAGUGUACAUAUGUCGCAUCUUUAAAAAUAUGUCUGAAAAGACACUAUCAACGUAAACAUCAGAGAAAAUAAAGAUUACAUCAAAUUAACAUAUUUUAAUAUUUCAGAUUUAAGAUAGGAAAGUAGAAAUUAUUAUGGAAGAAAAAAAGAUAUAAUAAGAAGAUAUUUGUCAACCCUCUCAUUUAGUGGUAGCGUGUAUUCGGGAUAUGAAGGAGUAAGAUGUAAAAAUGGAAAAUGCUGGAAUGAAAGGAGAAAGUAGAAAGGAUUGUGAGUAUGUUGCAACUCGACCAAGUUUCCUAAGAAUUCAUGUUGAAAGUAAACACGAAGGAGUAAGACAUCCAUGCUCUAAAUGUAAGUAUUCCGCAACAUCAGCAGCUCAUCUAAAGAUACACAUUAAAAAUAAACAUGGAGGAACUAGACAUCUAUGCUCUGAAUGUGAUCAUGUUGCAACUUCAAAUGUUCAUUUGAAGCAACACGGUGAAAAUGAGCAUGAAGCAAUAAGGUUUCCUUGCUCUUCUUGUGCAUACGCUGCAACUUCAGCAGGAAAUCUGAGGAUUCAUGUUAAAAAUGUACACAUUGGAGUAAGAUAUCCAUGUUCUGAAUGUGAUUUUGUAGCCACUCAAGAAAGCUAUUUGAAGGUUCACAUUGAAAGUAUUCACAGAGGUAUUAGAUAUCCGUGCUUUCAUUGAAAGUAUACUUCAACAACAGCAGGAAAUCUAAAGCAACAUGGAUUAAGAUAUCCAUGUACUCAGUGUGAGUUCUCUGCAUCUCAAUCAGGUGCCCUGAAGAAACACGUUAAAAGUAAACAUGAAGGUCUGGGAUUUCCUUGCUCUAAAUAUGGAAACUGAAGAGUAGAAGCAAUUAUGGAACAGACAGAAAUAAAAGGAGUAGAAGUUUGUCCAACUUCUAACUUAGAGGAAAGCAUGUUAUUUCAUGUGAGGUACAACAGUAUAACAUGAGUUAAUGUGAGGAGAAAAAUUGGAUCAUGGAUUUGAUCCUUAACAAUCUGAACCAAAGAGAAUGAAGACAAGUAAAGGAAGACAUCUUUGUAAUAAGUUUGAGUAUGUUGCAAGUCGAGGAAAUUACUUGAAGAUUCACGCCGAUAGUGUUCACCGCGGAGUAAGACAUCAAUGCUCUGCGUGUGAGUUUUCUACAACCAUGGCUAGUUCUCUCAGUUGUGUUGCUCCGGUGGUGACAGUCUUGCAGGAUACAUAGAAAUAUUUGUUUUUGGAAAAGCUCUAUUUGGAUUUUUUUGGUGUUUAACUCUUAUCUUCAUUUUAUUUUAUUUCCAUCUUGUUGGCAAUUGUAUAAACAUCAAAUAAUCCUAUUUCUCUUUCUAACGCUGCAUCAACCUAGGAUGACCAUUUUAACUACUUUUGAACUGAAGCUGUUGAAAAAGUUUCUCUGCCUGAGUCUUUUGAUCCUAAACUUACUAGUUUCUUGAUUCAAAUUAGAGCUAAGAUGUAAUGUAUAGCAUUCACCUGUCUACAAGCCGAUGAUGAAAAUUAUUUCUAGGACUGACUACAAAAGUAGAUCUAAAAUCAAUUGAAAAAUGAAUCCUUGUGGGAAAUGUGAUUAUGUUGUAAAUAAAUUUGGUUGUUUUGAAAUUAGGCAUUUGAUCUAUUCCCAUUUUACUAUAUAUAAUAUGUACAAUUGCUGCGAGCACGCACGUAUGUAUGCCUGGAUCUUGAGUAUAGCUUCAGUAAGGCUUAAACCAACCAUGGACGCUGAUGUAAACUUACUUUGAUUUCUUUCUUAAUAGAUGACAUUCGUGUAAGUAAUUAUAUGAAAUCAUUAUAAAAAUUGUUCUUAUCAAUGUUAUAUUGUUGCUAUAAUACUUCAAUCUAUUUCAGUUAAACAUCCAAACUCUCCUACAAAAAGUAACAUCAUCUGAAUAAAGAAUUAAAGAAAACACAGUAAAUUAAAGUGAGAGUAGUUUGAAACCGGUCAUUCCAAGGGAAAUCAAUACAUUUAAACGAAUCCAUCACAUCCAAGUUCCAUGCCUUUACUCAAGAAAAACGAAAAUGAAAUAAAAAGAAACAAGAAAAAGUGAAUGUGUUUUCAAGGUUGAAUGAAGAGAUUGAAGAGAUCUGCCUGCGCUGCAUACACCCACCUUUACACUAUGACUUCAGCAAAACCUGCAGCCUACUUGAGCCAAACCGUCAGAAAGAUAGACAAAGAGAGGUUUUGUGAUUACUUGGAAUCAAUGAAACAAAGCUAAUGCUUAUCAAACCCUGGCAAAGUCAAGAAUCAUCAUUUCACAUUUGUAAAACUGGAGAAAAUUGAGAUAGAGAUCAAAUCCUGAAGAAGAAAAGAAAAAAGAAACCCACAGAAGGGUAAAUAAUCAGGGAUCUACCAAAGAGUGAAAUAAUCAAGAGGUAUUUAAAGAUCACAUAACACAUGCAGAGAUUAUGGAGAUCUAAAUUGAAGUUAACCUCAUCAGAACAUCCUAGUUCAGAAAGUGAAAAUUUGCCAGUGGAACUAGCUUAUCUGUUAAAAAAAA